AUGGCAUAUCCUUCGCGCCCUACCUCAAUGUUUGCGCCGGGGACAUCGGCAGCAGCAUCCCUUCGCCAACCCAGCGGUCACCAUAAUAUUUCUCAACAACAGUCCACUGCGCUAGCUUCUCGUAUUGCUGCCAAGCAGGCCGAAUUGGACAACCUGAAACAGUUACGAGACAUGAGUGCCUCGCUCGCGGUGCAAAUGCAGACCCUCGAAAGCAAGCUGGGCACAUUAAAAGAUGGCACGGAAGCCGUCGCGUGUGUGCUUGCAAAUUGGGAUAAUGUUUUACGGGCAAUUGGGAUGGCUUCCACAAAUGUUGCACAUACGAAGGGGACAACGGGGCAGGCAUCGGGGGCUGGGCCCAAAGAUGGCACUUCCGACGGUCCUAUGCCAGCCACGUUGGUCCGAAUACCGGAAGCGCAA